AAAAUUUUGUAUUUAACAUAUGAUGUUGAUUUUGAAGAAGAAGAUGAUUUUGACGUACUAAACUGGUGGAAGGGAAAAGAAAGAAUGUUCCCGGUUUUAACAAAGAUGGCUAAGCAAGUGCUAUCAAUGCCGAUUUCAACAGUUGCCGUGGAACAAGAAUUUAGUUCGGCCGACAAUGUCCUAACGCAAUGUAGAACGAGGUUGAGCGCAGAAUCUCUUGAGAUGCUUAUAUGCUACCACGAUUGGUUGAAAGCGGCCCGUAGAGCUCAAGAAAUUGACAUCACCCCAUCCCAACAUUUAAUAGAUGAAUGAUGAAUCUACAAUCGAGGGUGGCUCUACCUAUGUCGGAGAUUCCGAUUGAAUGAUUGAUUAGUAUUUCAUGUUUUAAUUUUACCUUCAAUUCUCAAUUGUAACUUGUAAACUUGUAGGUCAUAUUUCAAAUAAAUAUACGUUCAUUUUUUUAUAUGUAGCAUUUUUUUUACUGAAUUCAUAAAAUUAAUUAAUUAAUUU